AUGGAUGCAACUACUAAAGGAAGGACUAGGCCAAGUAUGGCAAAAGUCCGCAUUGAAAUUGAUCUUACUAAGCCAAGACUGAAUAAGAUUUGGGUGGGACUUAGGAAUGCUGUUAUUCCCCUACAAGGAUUUGAACAGAAAAUUGAAUAUAAAGGGGUUCCUAAGUACUGCAACUACUGUCGACUACAAGGACACUAUAUGAAUCAAUGUAGAAGAAUGGAGAAGGAUAAGGUUGAAAGGGAAGAUUUUGACAAAAAUAACCAGGAGAAGAACAAAAACAACAGAGAUCAGGAAGCAAAUGCUACAAAGGGCACAAAUCUGUUUAAGGAUUCUAAUGGGGCUAAGAGUGCUGAGAUCUCUAAAACCGUCAAUGUCAAUCAGGUUAUUACUAUGCUAAAAGAUAAUGUUGAGACUGGUGGCGCUAAAAGGACAAUGGAAGCUACAACGUCUAAGGGAACUGUGGUGACUAAGAACUCUGCUAAAGAAGUAGUUUCUCAAAGCCAAAGAGGUAGACAAGUGCAGGCCCAGAAAGAAACCAGAUUCAACAAUAAAAGAGGAACCAGUGCCCCUCCUAAAAAAUCUUUUAAACCUACUGGAGCUAUUUUUGGGGUGGAUAAACCUCCUCCUACCAAUGAGAUGGUUAAAUCUGGUGAAACUGAGAAGAAGAAGAUGGAUGACAUUACAAUAGAAAGCAACACCACCAACACUGCAAACAAUCCUCAAACAUAUGAUAAGGAUUUGGAGCAUCAACAACAACUAAUGGCAAAAGGCACACAAAUGGUAGCUACUCCUAUUAAGGACCCUAAUGAACUACAUAUAAUGUUCAUUGAGUUGGGGAAUGAAGGUGAUAAAGACACUGAAGCUCAGGAAACAAAUGAACCUGAUAAACAGGAUCCAACUCAAAACAAAAAACCUCAUGAAGAUGAGUGGGCUGGCAAUACCUCUACUGAAUAUGAUGAUAGUAGCGAUGGAUCAUCUGAUGAGGAAGUACAAAAUUUGAUUGAUACUACUAUUGGGAAAGACAAAGACACUGAAGAACAACAAAAGGUUGUUGCAAAAGUUUGUAAGAAACAAGGAUUAUCCCCAAGAGCUGUAAAGAAAAAGAAAAAAGUGGGGGAAUCCAGUGGCAAGCCAAACACACAAGCACAAAAGAUGUCCUAA